GGCAAUUAAUACUAUAUUUUUGUUAAAACAAAACAAUAUUCUGGUGUUUAAUUCCAGAAACUCUAUAAAGACCGCACUAAUGGCGAAGGAUAUCAAGUACUUCAUCCUAACUGGAGAGCCCGGUGUAGGUAAAACUACAUUGAUCACAAAGUUGUGCAAGUUAUUAAACGAAACAGGCAUUAAAACCAGUGGAUUCAUAACUGAAGAAGUGAGAGAAAAUAGAGUUAGAAAGGGUUUCGAUGUGGUCACAUUAGACGGUGUGCAGGGGAAACUUGCCAGAGACCAACAGCUACUCGGUGCCCCCUCUAAAUACACUGUAGGAAAAUAUGGUGUUCUUAUAUCAGACUUUGAAAGAGUGGCUAUUCCUACAUUACAAAUGGUUGAAAAUGGAUGCCUUGUAAUAGACGAAAUAGGCAAAAUGGAGUUCUUUAGUCUGGCAUUUAAAAAUAAAAUCAAGGAGCUAUUUGACGAGAGGAGCAAUAAUUUUAUACUUGCUACAAUACCAAUAAGGAAAAGUGAUAACCUGAUUGAAGGCAUAAGAAAUAAUAAAAAGACUCGACUAUGGAUUGUAGUAAAACGGCUUAUGGUGCCCAAGCUGGCGCAGCUGGAGAACACGAUAAUGGGCAUCAUGAGGGAGGUUGGAAAGAACCCGCCCGGCGCGCGCCUGCCCGACAAGUACACGAAGACCGAGCCCAUCAAGCUGCUGUUCGAUCAGAAUUACAAAGAGGACGCGUGCAUAGACAACAUAGAGGCGUGCCUGAAAGAAGAUAAACGGAGAAAGAGGAUUCUGAAAAAGUUGUUCUUCAAGAAGUACAACGCAAUGAGAGAAGAAUUGAUCGGCUAUGGCGGAAGACGACUGUGGGGAGGGGAGGGAAACCUCUUCUAUUAAAAUAAAUAAAUAAUAUAAAGUU